GUGGUAUGCAGUGACAGGUUAGUGUUUACUGUCAGAAAAUUUUAAAUUGGAAAAAAUAAAAUUUAGAAUAUGUUGAAAUUGUUCAAAGAGAUAUCUUCAAGUGUGGGGAAAUCUCUUACCAAAAGGGGACUUCAAACUACCUGUGCUUUACAACAUGAUAGCUUAUUUGUACAUCGAGAUACUCCUGAAGAUAAUCCAGACAUUGUCUUUGAAUUUACCCCAGAAAAUAAAAAGAGGGCCGAAGCUAUCCUAGCCAUAUAUCCAGAAGGUCACAAGAGGGCUGCAAUGAUUCCCUUACUGGAUUUAGCUCAAAGACAAUAUGGAUGGUUACCAAUUUCUGCUAUGCAUAAAGUUGCUGAAAUUUUAAACUUGCCAAGAAUGAGGGUGUAUGAAGUAGCAACUUUCUACACCAUGUUUAUGAGGAAACCUACAGGUAAAUAUCAUGUUCAAAUUUGUACUACAACUCCUUGUUGGUUAAGAGGAUCAGAUGAGAUUCUUGAAGCUAUUAAGAAAAAUCUUAAGUUAGAAGUUGGAGAGACAAGCAAAGACAUGUUAUGGACCCUAUCUGAGGUUGAAUGUCUGGGAGCAUGUGUUAAUGCCCCCAUGGUACAAAUUAAUGAUGAUUACUAUGAAGAUUUAACUGUUGAAGCAACUAAUGAAAUUUUAGAUGAAUUGAAAAGUGGUGGUAAACCUGCACCAGGUCCAAGAAGUGGUAGAUUUGCUGCGGAGCCAAUAGGAGAACCAACCUCUUUAAAAUCUGAGCCCCUAGGUCCAGGAGUAGGUGUUAGAGCAGAUUUGUAAAUUUAUUUCAUUUGUAUAAAUAAAUAAGAUAGUU